AUGCCUAGAUUGAAUGUCACAUUUCAUUCAGUGAAUGUCUUGAAAGAUCCUGAGAUGCGGAAAGGAAUAAAAAAAUUCGCUGAUUGGCCAACCAUACCACAAUUGUACGUGAGAGGUGAGUUUAUUGGUGGAUGUGAUAUCGUGAAAGAAAUGUACCAGAAUGGAGAAUUCCAGGCGCUCUUACAAAAUACUUUAAUUAACUGA